AUGCUUACCCGCACUACGUCUCCAGCUGGUGCUGGUAAUGUUGGUGCUGGUGGUCCUUUAAGCUGGUUGAUGCGUUGUGUUGAACGUAAUUUCGAUUUCGGCAAACUGUUGAGAAGGUUCCUCGGCCUGCACCGUGUUCAGAGCAAUAAUAGUCCUGCUCUUAGAAACUAUGAACACGUUGUUAAGACGUAUGGUCACGGUGUAAAACAAAAUAGUUUCUUUGUACCCAAGAAGCAUCCAGAUGUGGAUAUACGCAUGCUCGCCAUGUAUAUCCUGACGAGCAACAAAUCUACAUUAUGGAGCGGAAAGCAGUGGCAGAACGAACUACAUGGGUUCAUCGCAGCCUACUCGGGUUACAACGAGUGGGAACCAAAGCAGAACAAUGUGCUAUGGGUCCAUCAAGAACCCUUUGACAAUAAUCUUAUUCGCAAUUACCUGCAAAACGAACAGGAUCCUAGCAUCGCUGAUUUCGUUGACAAAAAUCUCGACUUCAUCACUCAAAACACUCCUUUUAGGAAAUCGGCUGACAGAUUUUGGUCAGGAAUAAUACAGAAACAAGCACACCAAUUGAACAAGGCUCUGACCAAAAGCAGAGUCAGCUGGAGAAAAUUGUUCGCUUCCACGCCCAGCAAUAACAACACGGCUAUCUCGCCUAUUGCACCUGUUCCUAGUUCCUCAUCACCUUCGCAUCCAUUGUCAUCCUUUUCCUUACCUACUCUAAAAGCAAGAAUCUGCCAACAAGAUAAGGAUGCCUUACGUGAACGUUUUCGAAAGUUCAUAGACGUGCAUAAAAAAGACUUCUGGUUAUUGGACUCCACAAAGGCACAAGCAGCAGAGGAAGGAACUGAUCUUGUGUCCGUAGAGGAAAAAGUCAUGGACUUUGCGCUGAAGUGCGAUUUUUAUCAGUAA